CACCAUUAACGUAAGUGCACCUCACGCGCCUCUAAGAAAGCUUGAAGCUUUCUAAACUAUAAACAAUUAAAAGUCUGUUAAUCCUAUCCAGUAACAGUUCGCUUUCAGUUGUACGGUCCUAACAAACCAAAAGCAUGGCAUUGCUUCAUUUUUCUUCGUCUCUUUCACUCAGAGCCACUUCUUCACGUCCUGCAUUAACACGCCCCAUUACACCAUCAUCUCCAAUCUUCAGGCUAGCCUCUCCAGUCCAAAAUUCAACCAAAUUCAGCAACUGGGUCGUCGAUUUUCGAUCAAAUUCUUUGAAAUUUUUGCUCUCUGGGGCUCUCACUCUUGGCCUGUCUCUCUCAGGAAUUCAACUUGCUGAGGCGAAAGUUGGAGUUAACAAGCCAGAAUUGCUUCCUAAGGAUUUUACUACUGUAAUAGAUGUAGCUGGCUUCCUUUCUGAUGGCCAGGAGAAAAGACUUGCACAGGAAAUUGAAAACAUAGAGAAGGAUACUGGAUUCAAAUUAAGAGUUCUAGCACAAAAUUAUCCUGACACACCGGGAUUAGCAAUUAGAGAUUUCUGGCAAGUGGAUGAUAGGACAAUAGUCUUUGUUGCAGACCCCACUUUUGGAAAUAUUUUAAAUUUCAACGUUGGGGAUUCUGUUGAUCUAGACAUUCCACGUAGCUUCUGGAGUCGUCUGGCAGGGAAAUAUGGAAACAUGUUUUACUGGAAAGAGAAGGGGGAAGAUACCUCUAUUGAAUCUGCUGUUAUGGCCAUAUCAAAUUGUUUGAGAGAACCUGUGGGACCGAAUAAUUGCUCUGAGGUAAAAUGAUUCUGGGUCUAACAUUCAAGAUUCUUUCUAUUUAUACUGUGUUACAAUUUGAUUGUGUACUGUGUAUUUAUCUAAAAGAAUUGUAUGUCUCAGAUGUCAUAUUAUUUGAUAAUCAAGUAUAAACCAGUACAGAGUUAUGUAUGUAAAUGUAAUCAGUAAAGUAAAUAAAGAUUAAUACUAUUGAUCA